AUGUGUGUAGAAAACCAGACAUCACCAACAGAACUGGUCCUUCUAGGAUUUGGACAACUCCACCUGGUCAAGCCUGUGAUUCUCUCAAUGGUUCUUCUAAUCUAUUUGAUCAUUCUGGCUGGAAACUUUUUAAUAAUUAUCUUGAUUACCACAAGCCCAAGGCUCAGCUCCCCUAUGUACUUUUUCCUCUGCAACCUUUCUUCUUGUGAAAUUAUUUUCACUGCCAACAUCAUGCCUAAUAUGAUCUACGUCAUGUGGAGCGAUGGUGGGAUAAUCUCCUUGAGUGGUUGUAUCACCCAAUUUUAUGUUUACUCAUCAUCUGGGAGCGCAGAGUGCCUUCUUCUUACUGUAAUGGCGUUUGAUCGGUACAUAGCCAUCUACAACCCCUUGAGGUACUCUUCAGUCAUGAAUUUCAAAACCUGUUGUCAUCUGGUGGUCUGGGCUUGGCUUUCUGGCUUCAUAGGCAUGUUUAUAAUAAUCAUAACAAUAUCCAAUCUACAGUUCUGUGGAUCAGAUAUAGUGGAUCAUUUCUUUUGUGACUUAGAACCUAUUUUACAUUUGUCUCCAUCUGACACCUCACUAGUGGAAAUUGAAGUUUUGGUAUACGCCAUGGUGAUGGGCCUUCUCCCCUUUCUGCUCAUCAUCUUAAGUUAUGUGGUCAUAUUUUGUACCAUUUUUAGGAUACCUUCAAAUAUUGGAAGAUAUAAGGCUUUUUCCACUUGUAGCUCCCAUCUGGCCUCUGUCUGUAUGUACUUUGGGACAAUACUCAUCCUCUACUUGGUUCCUUCCCGACAACGUUCAUUGGAAAUCAACAAAAUCCUUUCACUUUGCUACACUGUGCUAACUCCCUUGCUCAAUCCUAUAAUAUACAGCCUAAGGAACCAAGAAAUGCGAGCCUGUUUAGAAUCGGUCAUCUACUUUAUCUUUCCAGUCAGUAAUAAACAAUGUACAAAAACCCAAUGA